AUGGUGGUGGGUUGGGAUACAAGGUGGGUUGGGUUACGACAACAAGUUUGAAGAAAGACGAAAAAGUUGAUUUUCUUAACCACCUUAAUCAGCAGAAUCCGACCAUCCAAUUUACAAUUGAGCCAGAAAAGAACGGGCAAUUAGCGUUCUUGGACUGUUUGGUCACCAGAUCGGGCAACACCAUUAGAACAAGCGUAUACAGGAAACCUACUAGUACGGACCGUUUGUUAGAUGAUUUGUCAUACCACCCAGCCUCGCACAAAUCAGCGACCAUUAAAACCUUAGUUAAAAGAGCCCACGUAAUUUCCAGUUCAAAUGAAGAUCUCGAAGCAGAAUUGAAACACUUGAAUGAAGUAUUUGACGUGAACAACUACUCGAAACCUUUU